CACACGUACACUGUAGCUCAGAAUAACACGCAUGGCUACUUAAGGACAUGCGAGGGUAAAACACGAGACGACUCACCGUGCAUCUUAUGUAAGCGACGGGUUCCUUUCACUUUCGAUUUGAGCGAGUAUUUGAAGGAGGGAGGAAACACAAACCCGGUAAUUGUUCACCAGCAGACCCCCGAAACGUUGCCAAAAGCAGAAGUUACUACUUCCGGGUUGACAUCAACAAUCACAAGGACAAUCACCAUGAGCUUCCGGGGGCAGGAGCAGUUGGAGAAGAAGUACGACCCCCGGGACACCACCCUGAAGUUUGUCAAGAGGAAGGACGACCUGGAUCCAGUGUGUGAUGAAGAUGAUGGUCUCAGAGCACAGAUGUCCUGCGGCCACGCCGUCACUCCUCAAUCCCUCACACAAUGGUGUCUCAGCCAGCUGGAUGAUGGUUAUUACAAAUUCAGAUGCCCUGCAGUGGUGGAAGGGACCACACAGUGCAAUAAAUUGUGGUCGUACAAAGAGGUGCGCAGACUGGCGGAUCUGUCUGUCGAAGAAAUGCAGUACUUUGAGGAGGUCAUGUCUCGCCUGGCUGCUGCAGAAUACUGUGAGAUACAACCAUGCCCACAGUGCAAGACGAGUGUGGAGAGGAAGGACUUCUCCAACCUUUGUGUCCAGUGCUCCAUAUGCACAGCGGAUCUGAACAAGACUUACCAGUUCUGUUGGCAGUGUAUGAAGGAAUGGAAAGGUCCAGGCCCUCGAUCUGACCGCUGCGGCAGUGACGACUGCAUCAACAGGGACCUCCAGCUUCUGCAGACCUGCAAGACCAUCAGCCUACCCGCGGUGGAGGGGGUCACCGACUGCCCCUCGGUCCGAGCCUGUCCCACAUGCGGCAUGAAGGUGGAACACAGCCAGCAAUACUGCAAAAAUAUCGACUGCCCUCGCUGCCACGUGGUUUUCUGUUUCGUCUGCCUGAAAUUAAAGAGUGAAUGUUGUAAAAACAGUUCACCGUACAAAAUCUGUCCGAGUGGAGUGGCUCCUAGACAGGCUGCUAUCCCCGUGUGGCAGAGGAAAUGAAAAGAGAGGUUACAUGUAACCCCAUAGUAAGCUAUGGGGUUACAUGUAAUCAGGAUUGUGUUAUCUGAUCAUGCAAAUAAAUGUCUGUAAUUUGCCCGGAUUACAUUAACAAACAUGUGCAAUAAGCUAAUGAUUACAUGUACAAAUACAUGGUUAACUUGUGUACAUUUUGUCUUGAAAGUAUGGAAUUUUUCUUCAUGAGAACGAAAUGCUGUUUACAAUUUUAUCUACGUUUAAAACUGAAGAUGAACAUUUUGAAGAUGUACACAACAUUCAUGUUCACAGUACCCCUGUUAGUAACAGUACUGAUUUGUAAAGGUUAUUAAACUUGAUCAAAUUCCAAUGUUACAUAUACAAAUGUGCAUUAAAAUCAUCUUGAGAAAAAUUGGUGACACAAUUUUUUGAGGG